AUGAACUUCAGUGAACCUGAAAUGACUGAAGAUUUAUACUUCUGUUAUGAGUCUGUGAAUAAGUCUUGCCCGAAGAUCAUCUAUCCAACAAUGAUACGGAUUCUGCUGCAUAUUUUCUUUGUAGUCAUUAUUAUUAUAACUUUGUGUGGAAACCUCCUUGUCAUCAUUUCCAUUGCUCACUUCAAACAGCUGCACACCCCAACCAACUACCUCAUCCUCUCUCUGGCAGUGACUGACUUCCUCAUGGGAGGCUUCAUCAUGCCUCCUUAUAUGGUGCGAAUUAUUGAAUCAUGCUGGUAUUUUGGAGAUAUGUUCUGCAAAUUCCACUUGAGUGUAGAUGGCAUGCUGUACACUGCAUCAAUGCUAAAUCUUUCUUUCAUUUCCAUUGAUCGAUAUUAUGCAGUUUGUCAGCCCCUCCACUACCGGACCAAGAUCACCACUAAUGCCACAGUGAUCAUGAUCCUGAUCAGUUGGAGUGUGUGUGCCUUUGGUGCGUUUCUGGAGCUGAACAUAUUGGGCAGUGAAGAUUUUUAUGAAGAAAAUGUUGCUUGUGUUGGAAGUUGUGUUGUUUUUCAGGCUGAAACAGCAAGUGCAAUAUCUUGCAUUAUCUGUUUUUAUAUACCUGGGUUCAUUAUGUUGGUCAUGUAUCAAAAAAUCUUCCGUGUUGCACAGAAGCAAGCCCAGUCUAUUCACAGCAUUGCCUGUAAGAAUGCGCAAUCUGAAAACAGCACAUCAUCUAGCAACAAGGAGCGAAAGGCUACAAAGACCCUGGCAAUUGUUAUGGGGCUAUUCUUGUCAUGCUGUACACCCUUUUAUAUGUGUACCAUAAUUAAUCCAUUCAUUAAUUAUUACAUUCCACCUGUUUUACUUGAGACACUGUUCUGUAUUACCUAUUUAAAUUCAACAUGUAAUCCUAUUAUUUAUGCUUUCUACUAUAGUUGGUUUAGGAAAGCAUUCAGAAUGUUUAUUUUUGGUAAGAUAUUUCAAGCCAAUUCCUCAAGAGCAAAUUUGUAA